CUUUCUGACGAUAUUAAUUUUUCAUUUAAGUGGUUUCACCCAAUUUUUAUCUCUUUUCUUAUUUACUUACGCGAUGCAUUUUUGUAAAGUUGUCUAGAACGUAAACGCGAUUGUAAAUUUUGUAUUUAUCGAAUUGAUAACAAAAUGUAAAUCCAGCUUCAAAAUAAGAAGUGAUAAAUAAACGAAUUGAAAUGUGAAAAACUCCUUCGCUCGGUGCAGUGUUUCAAUUGCAUAGGUAAAUUUCGUUUAAAUUUUAUUAGUGUUCUCUUCAUCGGGUGUUCGCGACCGUCGAAUGAGUGUUUUCAACAGAAUCAAUCCGGAUUUCACAGUGAGAUCGACGCGGCUCUAAAAUGUAGCGAAAAUUUCAUGUAAGCAUCGGUUCGAAUAUAGAAUCCCGACGGCGAAAUAUUUCGGUUCCAGUUCAUUAUCAUCAACCUUAUCACCCGACGACGGAUGUAAAUUGCGGCGAUUCGAGUUGCAUUCUUUAUACGCUGUACGCUGUAGGAAAUUUCUCAAAUAAUGGAAACUACUACAGAAAACGUCGAAGCGGCCGAUGCUACUCCGCUGUCGCUUAUCAAAAAACCCGAAGAGGUUGUAACCAUGGUUGCGAAAGAUAAUCUCAAAUUCGGCGUUCUCAUCGGACUUUUGAAAGUUGGCGAAGUAUCGAAUUGCGAAGUCGUCAAUACUGUGCUGCAUUUAUUGGUGGGCGGAGAGUUCGAUAUGGAGCUGAACUUUGUAAUACAAGACGCUCAAAACAUCAAGCAUAUGCUGGAGUUACUAGAUCACUGCGUUCCAACGUUGCAGGCGGAAAUAUGGAGCGUAUUUAUAGCCAUCUUGAGGAAAUCAGUGCGAAAUUUGCAAGCGUGUACCGAAGUUGGCCUCAUAGAACAUGUGCUAUGUCGAUUACAUCGCGCCAAUUCCGUCGUAGCAGCGUAUUUUUCAGAUUUAUUGGUCGAUAUGUUAGGAGUGUUGGCCAGUUACAGCAUAACCGUAAAAGAACUGAAAUUACUAUUGAGUUCGAUGAAAGCUGUAAACGGAAAAUGGCCUAAACAUUCGACUAAAUUAUUAAGCGUGCUUCGUCAAAUGCCACAAAGAAACGGACCGGAUGUGUUUUUCACGUUUCCAGGAAAGAAGGGCUCGGCGAUCGUAUUACCACCGUUGGCUAAAUGGCCGCACGAAAAUGGUUUCACUUUUACCACGUGGUUUCGUUUGGAUCCUAUAAAUUCGGUGAAUAUCGAGCGAGAAAAACCCUAUUUGUAUUGUUUCAAAACGAGCAAAGGAGUUGGCUACAGCGCGCACUUCGUCGGUCAUUGUUUGGUGCUAACUUCGAUUAAAAUCAGAGGAAAAGGUUUCCAACAUUGUGUGAAGUACGAAUUCCAUCCGAGAAAAUGGUACAUGAUCGCGAUUGUAUACAUUUACAAUCGAUGGACCAAAAGCGAAAUCAAAUGUUUGGUCAACGGUCAACUGGCUUCCAGUACAGAGAUGGCUUGGUUCGUGUCGACCAACGACCCGUUUGAUAAAUGUUACAUCGGCGCGACCGCCGAACUGGAUGAAGAGCGUGUAUUUUGCGGCCAAAUGUCUACGAUAUAUUUAUUCAGCGAAGCAUUAACCACCCAACAAAUAUGCGCUAUGCAUAGACUCGGACCGACGUACAAAUGUCAGUUUCGUUUCGAUAACGAAUGCAAUCUUACCCUGCCGGAGAAUCACCGAAGGGUGAGUCAGAAAGUGGAUACUUUCGAAACGCAUGACAAAAGUAGCUUGCUCCCGUUGCACUCGGCUGAUAGAACCGUGCUGUACGAUGGUAAAUUAUCGAGCGCCAUUGUUUUUAUGUAUAAUCCGGUGGCCACCGAUAGUCAGUUAUGUUUACAAUCCGCUCCGAAAGGGAAUAUUUCCUACUUUGUGCAUACGCCGCAUGCAUUGAUGCUUCAGGACGUAAAAGCUGUUCUAACGCAUUCCAUUCAUAGUACGUUGAAUUCGGUAGGAGGCGUGCAAGUUUUGUUUCCUUUAUUUUCGCAGUUAGAUUUACCAGUGAAUAGUAGCGAAAGACGAGAUUCGACUUUAUGCGCCAAAUUGCUCGGCUUCAUAUGCGAAUUAGUGGAAAUCUCGCCUACUGUGCAGCAGCAUAUGAUACAGAAUCGCGGUUUCCUAGUUAUUAGCUACAUGUUGCAAAGACUGUCACGCGACCAUCUCACAAUGGACGUGCUAAAUUCAUUUUUACAACUUACCAAACAUUUUAUUACGUGUCUUUCGUCGAAUAGCGAAUUAUUGUUGAAACAGUUAUUGGAUCAUAUUUUAUUCAAUCCGGCCUUAUGGAUUUAUACCCCUGCUCAAGUUCAAAUACGCUUGUAUUCGUAUUUGUCGACGGAAUUCCUCGCCGAUACGCAAAUCUACUCGAAUGUCAGACGAGUGUCGACUGUUUUGCAAACCAUGCAUACCAUCAAGUAUUAUUAUUGGGUUGUGAAUCCGAGACAGAAGAGCGGAAUUACGCCUAAAGCCAUCGAUGGUCCGAGACCUUCGCAGAAAGAUAUCGUCACAAUUAGAUCGUAUAUUUUGCUAUUUUUGAAACAGUUAAUGAUGCUCGGAGUUGGCGUCAAAGAAGACGAAUUACAAAGCAUAUUGAAUUACUUGUCCACCGUCCACGAAGACGAAAAUCUUCACGAUAUCUUACAAACCCUUAUCACAUUGAUGGCUGAUCACCCGGCUGCCAUGAUACCAGCAUUUGAUCUGAAACACGGAGUACGAGUUGUGUUCAAAUUGUUGGCAUCGGAAAGUCAGUUGAUCAGAUUGCAAGCGUUGAAGUUACUAGGCUUCUUUUUAAGUCGCAGUACACACAAGCGAAAAUACGACGUCAUGAGUCCUUACAAUUUAUACACGUUGCUCGCCGAGCGAUUACUGAUGCACGAGAAUUCCUUAACGUUACCUACGUACAACGUAUUAUACGAGAUUUUGACCGAGCAUAUCAGCCAGCAAAUUCAAUACACGCGACAUAUGGAGCCAGAAAAUGGUUACAGACUUGAAAAUCCGAUGAUCUUGAAAGUAGUAGCUACUUUAAUCAGGCAAUCAAAACAAACCGAUCAACUGUUGGAAGUGAAGAAAUUAUUUUUAUCCGAUAUGACAAUCCUAUGUAAUAACAAUCGUGAAAAUCGACGCACUGUUCUACAAAUGUCGGUUUGGCAGGAAUGGUUGAUCGCCAUGGCGUAUAUCCAUCCGAAAACUUUGGAAGAACAAAAAAUUAGCGACAUGGUGUACAGCCUGUUUCGUAUGUUACUGCAUCAUGCUGUGAAACACGAAUAUGGCGGAUGGAGAGUCUGGGUUGAUACGUUAGCUAUUGUUCAUUCCAAAGUUUCGUACGAAGAAUUCAAAUUGCAAUUUGCUCAAAUGUACGAACAUUACGAACGUCAACGGAGCGAUAAUAUCACCGAUCCGCAAGAAAGGCAGCAGAGACCAAUCAGUACGAUAUCAGGUUGGGAAAAUCCUUCCUAUCUAUCGGCGGUACAACAUUAUCAUCAAAAUAAUGUAGACGAAAAUCUCCCUAUGGAAGCUGCAAAUCGUCCAUCCAUAACGCAAGUACCAGAAGAUUACGACGAAAACGCCGCUGUAGUUGCCAAUUCUGUCGCUGAAGACGAAAAACACUCGCCAAUCGUUGAAGAAACGCCAGUUCUGAACGGACAGCAAUCGCCAAAUUUCGAACCCGCGUAUCCGGAAUGUGCGAUUGAAAAUCACGCCAUGUACGAAAAUUAUUCGUCUUCGCAGACCGAUAUCCAUUCGACGCCGGAACACGUGUCUUCUGGUAAAUGCGACAGCGAAAACGAACAACCAGAAGUUGCCGGCGAAAUUGAAACGGAAGCUGAAAAAGAAGAAAAAGCUGAAACCAAUGCACCUUCUGAACCGAUAGAAAGUGUAAAAUCUCAAGAAAUGGAAAUAGAAACAGAUUCUACUUUAGAAUUAGCCGAAGUAGCUGAAGUAGCUAAAGAUGAAACGGAAGUUCAAAAUGAGCAAAUUCAAAACGUCACUACGGAAUCGAUCUCAGAUCCUCUGGAUGCUAAACCUAACGUCGAACAAACCCAUUUGAAACCGGUUACCGUUCACGUUACUGAUAAGGAAAUAUUAGAUAGCGAUAAUUCGGAAGUAUUUUUGACACCGACUGAAAUCAACGACGUCGACAAAAAGGAUAAUUACGUUGCCGACGCCGUAGCGGUGAAAUACGACGAUUCGGAACAGCCAAAUUCGCCUAAAACUAAGCUUCCCGAUGAAGAUUCGAAGCCAGUCAUCGCCAACGGAUACGAUGACCCAGAUAGUGAUAACAAUGCCGAAAAGGAACCUUUCAACGAUGAAGAUGAAGCCUCCAAAACUGAACCAAUUGCCCAAAUUAUCGAUACCGAAUCAGCCGACGAAGCUAAAGAACUGGUUGUCCCAGUCGUUGUAGAAGAAAAUCAUGUUGAAAAAGAAGCUACAGAAACAGAAACGCAAGAAAAGUCGUGUUGUCAGGAAUCUGAACCAGUUGAUGCGGUACCCGAAUCACCGCUGCAUAUUGAGGCCUGCUGUCAAGCUAAUUCCGAUGCUGUUGUAGACGACACUGUUGAGAAAUUCGAAGAACGACCAGAGUCCGCCAAGGAUUCCGUAUCGACUUAUUCAGAGCAGUGUUCGCCCGAAAUACAACAUAAUCGCGAACCUUGCGCUGUAAACGAUGACCUCAAAAAUGGCGGUCUAUCGGAAAGAGAGGAAAUUGAAGAAACAGCUUAUGUAAAUGAGAAUGACAUGUGCGAAAAUGACAGAUGUAGGGAAUAUCCGCCUUCGGAAGAAGGUAAAAUAAAGGAAGGUUCCAAUGAAAACGGUUCUCGCCCCAUGUUUAGUCCUGGCCCGUCUAGACCGCCUUUCAGAAUUCCAGAGUUUAAAUGGUCGUACAUUCAUCAGAAACUUUUAUCCGAUAUUUUGUAUUCGUUGGAAACUGAUAUUCAAAUGUGGAGAAGUCAUUCAACCAAAACAAUAUUGGAUUUCGUUAAUAGCAGCGAAAAUGCAAUUUUUGUUGUGAACACGGUGCAUUUAAUAUCUCAGUUGUCCGAUAACCUGAUCAUUGCUUGCGGUGGAUUGUUACCUUUAUUAGCUUCGGCUACUUCUCCAAAUAACGAAUUGGAUGCCAUGGAACCAACCCAAGGUAUGCCGAUCGAAGUAGCCGUUUCAUUCCUGCAGCGUUUAGUUAACAUGGCCGACGUUCUAGUAUUCGCCAGUUCGUUAAAUUUUGGCGAAUUAGAAGCCGAAAAAAAUAUGUCGAGUGGAGGUAUCUUAAGGCAAUGUUUGAGACUGGUUUGUACGAGCGCCGUUCGUAAUUGUUUAGAGUGCAAAGAACGCAACAACACCUACGUGCCUAUUCAUUUUUCUCAUAAUAAUAUCGGUAAACCGUCCUUUGUAAAUUCGUUAGUACGAGGGGCCCAUGCAUCUCCAAAGGAUAUCGUCGAAAGUGUUACCUCACAAACUAGUCCAGUUCGCGAUCCGGAUAAAUUAUUACAAGAUAUGGAUGUGAACAGAUUACGAGCUGUAGUUUACCGAGAUGUGGAGGAGACUAAACAAGCUCAGUUUUUGGCUUUGGCUAUCGUGUACUUUAUAUCGGUGCUGAUGGUUUCAAAGUACAGAGAUAUUCUCGAGCCACCGUCCGUCACUCAACAUGCUUCCGUAAAUCAGAAUAACAUUUCGACCGCUAUUAACGGUCCGUUUUUGAAUAACGAUCAUUCCACACAUUGUAUGAAUAAUAACACUAUAGGCGGAAGACCAUUAUUUCCACAGUGGUCUAACCACGUUUACCCACAAUUUCUUCCCAGUUCGCAUCCCCAUUCUUGUCACAAUACAUACCCUGUCACAUCUACCUUGCCUUCACAACCUGUUAAUCAUAGAAUUGCUACGAGGCAUUACUCGGCACCUAUAAAUCACUCAGCAGUCGCAAUGGUGGUUGGCUCCCAAGCCGAAGGCGAAGAAGAAGACGAUGAAGACGAAGAAGAAGAGGAAGAAGAAAACGAAGGGGUUACAGAUGAUAAUAAUUCGUCUGUGCAUACCGAAACAGCGAUAGCGUCUUCAAACAAGAAACAUAGAACUAAGUGCAACGAUGUUAACCAUAACACGGAAAUUCGGAAAUACGCAUGUCUUACUAAACAUCCGUUAAAUAACAAGAGUUGCUGUUCCGAUGAAAUCACCUCGCCUUCGAGCUCGCAACCAGUCAGCGAUGUAGAGAGUAACGUGGCUAACGAUACAGAGGCCAACAAACCAUCACCAUCGCCGAAUGCAAUGGCCGACGAAUCGUGGACCGAGGUCAAUCUCAACGACGACGAUGAUUCCAGAAUUAAUUCCUCCUCUGUCGCUCAUAUGAAUGAAGCAGGUGGCCCCAGUAAUGUUGAUCAACAAAGAGGCGAAAAAAUUCGGGGUGAGAUUUCGGUCGUGAAAUUGGCCCCUGCGGAAGGACCUCCGUUAAUGACGCAAGUACCGCAAACGCUCGCCGAAGAGUUACCAAUGAAAAAUAUGACGUUGCCGGCGUCCGCUCCUAGUCGUGAAGCGUCUUUAACGCAGAAACUCGAGACUGCUUUGGGAUCAGUGUGUCCGUUGUUGAAAGAAAUCAUGGUCGAUUUUGCCGGAUUUUUGUCAAAGACGUUGAUCGGAUCUCAUGGACAAGAAUUGCUCAUCGAAGGUAAAGGCUUGUCCACUUUCAAAAAUAGUCAAUCUGUGGUCGAACUUGUCAUGUUGUUGUGUUCUCAAGAAUGGCAAAAUUCGUUACAAAAACACGCUGGUUUAGCUUUCAUCGAAUUAAUCAACGAAGGAAGAUUAUUAUCGCAUGCCAUGAAAGAUCACAUAGUUCGUGUGGCCAACGAAGCCGAAUUUAUUCUGAAUCGAAUGCGAGCUGACGAUGUAUUAAAACACGCCGAUUUUGAAGGCCAGUGCGCAUCUACCAUGUCUGAUCGUAGAGACGAAGAAAGAAUGUGCGAUCAUCUAAUCACAGCUGCUAGACGACGCGAUAACGUCAUAGCCAACAGAUUAUUGGACAAAGUCACCAAUAUUCUGUCUCACAAACACGGCGCUUGGGCCUAUAACGAAGAAUCCAGCAGAAGAAAAGAAUUUUGGAGACUGGAUUCGUGGGAAGACGAUGCCAGACGACGUAAACGAUUCGUUCACAAUCCUCGCGGCACAACGCAUCCCGAAGCUACCCUGAAAGUUGCGAUCGAAAAUGGUGCCCCGCAAGACGCCAUUCUACAAGCUCGAGAUGAAUUUCACGCUCAUUUGGCCGCGUCUUCGCAUCAAAAUCCCGCCCAAUCCGGCGACUUGUUAGAUGACGUUGAUUUGAUAACAGAUGACAGAGAUAUCGACGUCGAUCUAGCAGGUCCUGUCAACAUGAGCACGAAAGCCAAGUUGAUUGCUCCCGGUGUUAUGGCUCCUGGUAUCAUGUCCAUCACCUCUACCGAACUAUAUUUCGAAGUCGACGAAGAUGACAGCGAGUUUAAGAAAAUUGAUACAGAGGUUGUGAAAUAUUGCGAUCAUUUGCACGGCAAAUGGUAUUUUUCCGAAAUCAGAGCCAUCUUCGCCAGACGAUAUUUGUUACAAAAUGUCGCCAUCGAAAUAUUCCUGGCCAGUCGAACGUCAAUUAUGUUUGCAUUCAGCGAUCAAAAUACGGUGAAAAGAGUGAUCAAAGCGUUACCUCGUGUUGGGGUUGGCAUCAAGUAUGGAAUUCCACAAACUAGGCGAGCGUCCAUGAUGUCUCCUCGACAACUGAUGCGUAGUUCAAAUAUGACGCAGAAAUGGCAACGUAGAGAGAUCUCCAAUUUUGAGUACUUAAUGUUUCUGAACACCAUCGCAGGUCGAAGUUACAAUGAUUUGAAUCAAUAUCCGGUAUUUCCUUGGGUACUUACCAAUUACGAAACGAAAGAGUUGGAUCUUACGUCUCCGUCCAAUUAUCGAGAUUUAUCCAAGCCUAUCGGCGCACUGAAUCCGACCCGAAGAGCUUACUUCGAAGAUAGAUACACUACGUGGGAUCACGAGAGUAUACCUCCGUUCCAUUACGGUACCCAUUAUUCAACAGCUGCUUUUGUGCUGAAUUGGCUCAUUCGUAUCGAACCAUUUACCACCAUGUUCUUGGCGUUACAAGGGGGUAAAUUCGAUCAUCCGAAUCGACUGUUUUCUUCGAUCAAUUUAUCGUGGAAGAAUUGUCAACGGGAUACUUCUGAUGUGAAGGAAUUAAUACCGGAGUUGUUUUUCUUACCGGAAAUGCUGAUCAACGAGAAUAGUUUCGAGCUAGGUGAACAAGAAGAUGGAACUUCAGUCGGCAGUGUUGAACUUCCACCCUGGGCUUCGUCUCCCGAACAAUUCGUACGCAUCAAUCGAAUGGCUUUGGAAUCGGAAUUUGUCUCGUGUCAGUUGCAUCAGUGGAUUGAUCUCAUAUUUGGAUACAAACAGAGAGGACCUGAAGCGAUUCGUGCCACCAAUGUGUUUUACUAUCUGACCUAUGAAGGAAGUAUCGACAUCGAUGGCAUUUCCGACCCAGUCAUGCGUGAAGCGAUUGAAAAUCAAAUCAGAAAUUUUGGCCAAACUCCGUCCCAGUUAUUAAUGGAACCACACCCUCCGCGUAGUUCUGCUAUGCAUUUGAGUCCAAUGAUGUUUACCAGUGUGCCAGAUGAUGUUUGUAUGUCCAUUAAGUUUCCGUCAAAUUCACCAAUUUGCCAUAUUUCUGCCAAUACAUAUUCGCAGUUACCUAUGCCGUCCGUUGUAACCGUAACAGCCAAUCAACAGUUCGCGGUUAAUAGAUGGAAUUCUAAUUAUACCGUUGCUAUACAAUCUCCGAGUUAUGCGGAAACUGCUCAAAAUAACAAUCCUAAUUUACCUCUGACCAUGGAUCCGUUGCUUUGUCAAACGAGCGGAAAUAACAAUAACGUCAUGAAACGUCAUCUCGGUGAUAAUUUCAGCCAAAAAAUGAAGAUAAGAUGGAACUGUUUUGUAACUACAGUAGAUAGUCGAUUUUUGAUAGCUUGCGGUUUUUGGGAUAACAGUUUUCGUGUUUUUUCCACCGAAAGUGCGAAAAUAGUUCAAAUAAUAUUCGGCCAUUACGGUGUAGUAACCUGCCUUUCGCGUUCCGAGUGUAAUAUCACGUCAGACUGUUACAUAGCGAGCGGAUCGGCCGACUGUACGGUUCUGCUGUGGCACUGGAACGCCAGAUCUCAGACCAUCAUCGGAGACGGAGACUCUCCAACGCCACGGGCUACGCUUACAGGCCACGAGCAACCAGUAACCACGGUUGUCAUAUCGGCUGAACUGGGUUUGGUGGUGUCGGGAUCGCAGGAAGGUCCUGUUUUGGUUCAUACCACGUUCGGCGAUCUUCUGCGUUCGCUCGAUCCUCCGGUUGGCUUCAACGGGCCCGAAUGUACUGUGAUGUCUAGAGAAGGUGUAAUUGUGGUCAAUUAUGAGAAAGGAAACGUGGCUGCGUUCACCAUCAACGGAAAAUUAUUAUGCGAUACUUCUCACGCCGAUAAUCUACAAUGUAUGCUGUUGAGUCGAGACGGCGAAUAUUUAAUGACUGGUGGCGAUAAAGGUAUAGUCGAAGUUUGGAGGACUUUCAAUUUAGCAUUGCUCUAUGCUUACCCGUGUUGUGAUAGCAGUGUUCGUUCUUUAGCUUUAUCUCAUGAUCAAAAGUUUUUAUUGGCUGGUUUAGCGACCGGAACAAUCGUCGUUUUUCAUAUAGAUUUUAAUCGUUGGCAUCAUGAAUUUCAGCAGCGCUAUUAAUUGAGAUACCAUUAUUGAAUUUUAAAGUGCAAUAUAUUAAUUAAUUUUUUUCUAACUUUUAAUAUACCUAUUUAUUUAUUUAUUUUUUUUGUUAUCAAAUUGAAAUUGUUUUAGAUUUUGUUUAUUUGCUCGAUUAGGUAAUUUAAAUAACGUAUUUGCAAAACGUGCAAUUUUUAAUGAUUUUUUUUUUUGUUGAAAAAUUACUAGGUACUUACUUUUAUACGAUAGGCAUUAAUUUGUGAAAAAUUCGCGUAAGUAAUUGGUAUAAAUGUAUUAUUUCCGCGACGAAAUCAUUCGAAGAAGAAAAAAUAGUUGAAAAAAGUAAAUGGUGUUCAAUACUUCUAAACAAUUUUUUAAUCGAUAUUUUAUAUAUUUGUCAAGUUUAAAUAAUUAUACGAAAAUACGAAAAAUUUAAUUUUUCUAUCGCAUUUUGGUAAACAUUCCGACUCAUUUGUCAUCGUAUUCUAUGUGUGAGCUACAACGCGAAAGUGUUUAUUGAAAAUUAAUUCAGUAUUAUUUUUUAAUGAGUGAAAUCAUUAUAACAGUUGUGAACUGAUUAUUUCUAUUUUGUUCCUUAAUUAUACAUUCCAAGUGAUUUUUUUCCUUUUAAUAAUAUAUAAGAACGCUAAAAAGUGCAUUGUUAUACGAAUGAAAAACAUAUUUUGUUACGAAAACUUAUAGUGUCGAAUCAGAAAUUUAGAAAAUAUAAUUUAAUUUGAAUAUUGAAAGGGUGACUGCUCCUCACCUUCUUAAAAUGUUUAAUGAAAAGAACAGAAAAUAUGUACUUAUUUACCUAUUAGAGAAUAUUUGUAUGUACUUUAUAGGCACGGAACACAGAAAAUGUACUUAUCGCGCAUACCAAAAUGUAAUGACCUCUCAGUAUUUUAUGAAUUAAUUCCCAUUGUACCUCUUAGCUUGUCAGAAUGUAAGGAAUUGUUUUACGACUGGAUACAAUAAAUAUUUAAUUUGUCAAGAA